AUGGAUAGGGAAUUAGCAAGGCUGGCGGAUCAAGGUCUUAUAUGGAUUUUGAGCAUGGACGCUAGAGACAUCAAAGAAGUUGUUGUCUUAAAAAGUGGUAUGCUUGAAAAACUUAAUAUUCUUUGUAAUGAUCAAUCUUGUCAAAAAAACAUCAAUCAAGAUGAACAUGCAGUCGUUACAGAAUUCUUUGGGGGUACUCAGAAAAAUAUGGAAAACAGAGAUAUAUAUGUCCUUUUUCGAGAGUUUUUACUGUCUCAUGGGAAGGCACUGCGCUAUAUUACUCGAUCUCAUUUUAUAGAAUUUGAGCAAUUUUUUCUUGAAAACAGAGAUAUGGAUACACCCGAUGAAGUGGAGCUCAAGCAACGUUUGGUGAAUUAUAAAAAUCAUAAUGGUCUUUGUGCUUUAUGGGAACAUAGAAAUUUGCUAAUGUCAGCUGGGUAUUUAACUUUAGUUCUAGAGGCAACAAACACUGGAACUCUCGAUGAAGCAGAAAAAAGUUUUGGAGAAAGUGGAAGUUUUAGAUGUGCAGCUGUGGUAAGUUCCAGUAGUGAAAUGAAUGGUAUUAUAGUAGACGAUGAUACAAAGUUGCAGAGCUUUAAAAAUCAGAAAUAUGAAAAAGAGCAAGAUCCCGUUUUUCGUCUGAGUUUGCCUAAUGUAGGUGCCCUGUUAUCGACAAUCAGAGUAACAAGAAAAUGGAUUCUUGAUACAAUAAUGAAUCGGCGUCGAAGCAGUGGCGACCACAAUGUUACUAUUACCCCUGUGGCUGCUUCUUCACACAAUAAUUUUCGACAAAUUACACAACCCAUGCUAUUUGAGAAAUGGACAAUAAAACGGAAAUCAACAGCAUUUUAUUAUAAAUUUAAAGGUAUCAACUUAGAAUAUGUUUUAGAAGAAGCAUAUGGAGGAGGUUGGAUAGAACCUUUUAAAACACCAGCUGGAGUUUGCUGGAAAUAUACUGGGAAAACUGUAUCUAUUUAA